AUGCCAAAUUGUUCAACUGGGAUAGAAGAUCCUAGUAAAACUCCACAUGUUAAUUUUGUUGUUGCUAUUAUUAUAGCAAUAUCAACGUCGUUUAUACAAUCUCUUGGUUUAACCAUACAGAGGAAAUCUCAUGUCUUAAACGAAAGCACUUCAAGAGAGUUAAGAAGAUCUGCAUGUAGAAGACCCUUGUGGCAUUUAGGUUUUGGUACAUAUAUAAUUUCAAAUAUUAUUGGAAGUGUGUUUUCAAUUGGAUAUCUUCCUAUAAUUAUACUGGCGCCUUUAGGAGCAGUUACUCUUGUUUUUAAUGCAUUUUUUGCAAAAUUAAUACUAGGCGAUGUGUUUACUAAACAGUCUUUAAUAGGAACAUUGUUUAUUCUUAUUGGUGCAGUGAUGAUUGCAUUAUUUGGGGUCGUUAAUGACUCAACACAUUCCUUAGAAGAUUUGAUAGAACUAUAUAAAAGACCAGCAUUUAUUGUAUAUUUUUCAAUUGUUGAAUUUGUGGUGAUUAUACUUUUAUCACUGAAUAAAUAUGGAGAAUAUAUAUUGGAUAAAAUGUUAAGAAAUGAACAAGAUCCAAUUUUUGGAUGGUCAAUGAAAAAAUUUCAAACCCAUCUGGGAAUAUCAUAUGGGUGUGUUGGUGGAAUGAUAUCAAGCCAAAGUUUAUUAUUUGCAAAAAGUGGUAUAGAAUUAUUAGUGUUGACCAUAAUUUAUCAAGACAAUCAAUUCAACCAAUUACUAAGUUGGGUUAUUGUAAUAAUAUUGGCUAUUACAUCUUUAUUACAGCUUUAUUACCUUAAUAAAGGAUUAAGAUUAUGUGACACAGUUAUUCUUAUACCACUGUCAUUUUGUUCUUAUAAUGUGUCAACCAUAUUCAAUGGACUUGUUUACUAUGAUCAAUGGAGUUGUCUACACUGGUGGCAGUUAUUUUUAGUGGUAGUCGGCAUUUGUAUUUUGUUAUGUGGAGUUUUGAUAUUGUCAUGGAGAAAAAGUACAGCUCCAGAAGAAAGAUUAUUAGCAGAUGAAAAUAGAAAAUUCAGUCCAAGUUCAUCAAAAGGUGUAGUGAUGUUUCAUGAAAUGUUACCAGGAGGAGACAAAGAAGAAGAGAAUGUUAAUAAUGGUAAUGAAGACGAAAAGACUUCAUUGUUAGGGAAAAACAUAAAUAAAAAGCAGAAUAAUAGAUCAGUGUCUAUUGGAGCAUCUCAUGAUAAUAAUUAUG